CGGGCAUCGCGAGAGCGUACAUACAUUGUCGUCCACGACGUGAUGCUCGCGAAGGAGAUAUGAUGAUAGCGAUCACAUGGCAGCCGGAUAUGUCCCUCGCAAUGUCAUCUACUACCCGGAAUACUGCCACAGAGCAGCUCCCACCUUUUUCACCUGGGUGAAGCUCGGCGUCGCAGAUGUCCGCCGAUUAACGCAACCAAGAGGGUUUGAGGGACAGGGAAUCUACUUCUACAACAACCUUCCCGUUCAAUACAUCUGCCUCGCAGGCGUCAUCGUUUCGCGCGAUGAUCACGACCACCGAACCAUCCUCGUCCUCGACGAUAGCACAGGUUACACCAUCGAAGUGGUCUGCUCCAAAGCACCGCCGUCAACAUCAUCAUUGUCAUCUGUUUCUGCUCCCGCAUCUACAGUCACCAACAGAACCGGAUCGUCCCUACCAACACUCCAGAACAUCGCGGAGACAGACCCAGGAAUCACCCACAUAGCAUCAAACUCCCGCUCACCCAUUGACAUCUCCCCGCUCCAACCUGGCGCCGUCGCAAAAUUCAAGGGCACAAUCACCCGCUUCCGCGGCAUGCUCCAGCUACAUCUCGAGCGCUACACCCUUCUUGAUGAUACCAACGCUGAAGUGCGGUUCUGGGAAGAGAAAACGAGGUAUUUCGUCCAGGUCUUGUCAGUUCCGUGGGUCCUGUCGGCCGAGGAGAUGGGGGACCUGCGGGCAGAGCAUGUGCGCGAGGAAGAGAUGAGACGAAAGAAGAAGAAAGACAAGCAGGCAAGGGAAGAGAUGAAACGAAAGAGGAAGAAAGCGAAACAAGCGAAGGAAGAUAAGAGACAGAGUAAACCAUUGGAAGAGGAGAGGGAUAGGGCGAAGAUCGCUAAUAUGUAUGCGAGGGACGAUUGGUUGAGACGUAAGUAUGCUGAAACGUGUCGAGAGGAUAAUCAGGUCUUUAUGGAUGGAAGGGCAAGAUGAUGAUAGUUAUAUAUCUACUCCGUAGCAUCCAUGGCAACUGUUUCAGACCGUUGCUAGUGAAUUCGAUGAUGGACAUGUACUGGAGCUGCAAAGACGCAAAUAAUCUAUGCAUCUAUGCCAUUCUUCAUAUUAAUCAUGUACUCCGUAGUCACAUUCAAAAAUCGCCUAAAACUGCAACGAACUCCAAGUCCCAUUGGUCCAUCCAUAUUCUAUCAAACUCCCCGCCCCAUCCCCUAACCGGUCCAAUUCCCGUCAGAUCCCAUACCUUCCAGAGGCAUUUUUGUCAUAAAUUCAUCAUAACAUCGUGAAACAUUUUCGUCAGAUCAGCCAGACAGUCCUACACACUCGAGAAACUCAGAUAGCUUUUCUUUUUGAUUCGUCCUCCUUUUGUUUACCCGUUACCCGAUAAUCACUUUGUAACUGUUCCAUUUUAUGGUCCGCUUCCUGCAUUUUUCCCUCGGUAUCAUUUAUGCCGGCCAUCGCCUUACUUAACGAAAAGCCCAGUGGUCAUCAUCGUAGAGUGGAGUGUUCCGCCCACCCCUGCCACUGAGCGCACUGGAAGCCCGAUAAUAGUCCUCUUCGUCCGUAUCCCAGCUUCCACGAGAAGGAUUGUCGCUUUGGCCUUCUCUAUCAAACUCGCGAUCGUGCAAAUGACCAUGUGUUCGUUCACCCUUUCUGCUUCUUCCUCUCGGCUGGCCCAUGGCUCGUAAGUCACUCUCGUCGCGGAAUCGAGCUGAAAUGGGAGUCUUCACGAAGUCGGUGUCGCGAUAAUCCUUCGACUCACGUUUGCGCCCAGUAGCGGGACUACGACGUCCGCGGCGACUACCAAACUCACGGUAUUUAGCUUGCUCCACAGGGCUGUUCAGGUUUCGCUUCAGCUUAUCCUCAUAUAUCCUUCCCGCACCGGGCUGUACUGAAUACGGCUUCCUUUUGCGCUCAAUAGGGCGGGCUACUGCUGGUGGUGCCGGUG